CGUCCCGCUUGCUGCAUCCGCAGGAGCGUCCUCCUCUCUCCCCUGGCCCCUCCAGAGCUCCCCAGUGCAGAAGGCCCCCUGCGCCGGGGUGGGGAGGGCAGCUGUCGCCUCCCGGGCCUCCCUGGAGCUCUUCCUCUUCCUCUGUGGUCAUCACUGCCACCUUCUGGCGUCCCUCCAUUGUGUCCUUGACCCCUCCACCCCCUGCAGCUGGGUGCCCAGGGCGGCCCUUUCCACCCCACUCCUCUCCCCAAGUUAGCGGGUGAUUCUGGGCCAGGACUGAGACAGUGGAUCAAGCAGGUUCUAAACCAAGAUUUAACAUUCCAGCACGUAAAGAUUAUUUAUCCAACGGCUCCCUCCAGGCCAUACACUCCUUUGAAGGGAGGAAUCUCCAAUGUGUGGUUUGACAGAUUCAAGAUUUCUAAUGACUGCCCAGAGCACCUUGAAUCAAUUGAUGUCAUGUGUCAAGUGCUCACUGGAUUGAUUGAUGAUGAAGUUAGAAGCGGCAUCCAGAAGAACAGAAUUUUAAUAGGAGGAUUUUCUAUGGGAGGAUGCAUGGCAAUGCAUUUAGCAUAUAGAAAUCACCAAGAUCUGGCAGGAGUAUUUGCUCUCUCUAGUUUCCUGAAUAAAGCAUCUGUUGUUUACCAGGCACUUCAGGAAGGUGACAGCAUGCUUCCUGAGUUAUUCCAGUGCCAUGGCGUGGUGGACAACUUAGUUCUUCAUUCUUGGGGUGAGGAGACAAACUCGACUUUGAAAUCUCUCGGAGUGAGCACCACGUUCCAUAGUCUUCCGGGAGUUUAUCACGAGCUCAACAAGACUGAGCUAGAAAAACUGAAGUCAUGGGUUCUUACAAAGCUGCCGGGAGAGAUUGAAACACACAAUGAGUGAAUUGUGACUGACAUAUGGGUAAUUUAUCUUACAUUUUCUUUUUUAUUUGAUUUUCAUAACAUUUAAGCUUAUAUAAAUGGCAAUGUAUGGCAUUUGUUUUUCCACUCAAAAAUUGUUUUGCAAGUCAUCCAUGUCACACAUGCCAGUAGUUCAUUUAUUGUUGCUGAAUAAUAUUCCAAUGUAUGGAUGGACUGCAUAUGUGUAUCCCAUUCACCAUGGACUUGGGUGGCUUCCAACGUGGGGCUAUCAUAAACAAAGCUGUUUUGAAUAUGUAAACAUCUCUGCCUAAUUCCUUGUCCUCACAGUGGAAUGACUGGGUAACUGUGGCAUAGGUAAGUAUGGAACUUUGCCAGAAACAGCCUGUUUCCCGCUGUGCUUUUCAGUCAGCAGCAGUGUGCUCCAGUUGUCCGGUCGUUGGCUAGGACUCAGUCUAGGUAGUCCUUCAUUUUGCUGGUUCUGGUAGGUGCGUGGUGGUAUUAACGUGGUUUGAUUUUCAUCUCAGUGCCAAUGAUGUGAAUCAAUCUUAUGUGCUCUUAAAAAGCACCAACUCUCGGUGUGAAGAAAACGUUUUCUGGAGUAUGUUCACAUCCUUGUCAAAAGUCAGCUGACUCCUCUCAAUCUGAUUCUGAUUCUCUUUGGGAAAGUGAUUUUUUUACUACCAAAUUAUAACAACAAAUAAAAUAGUAAGGAAAAAUUUACUGAA